UUAUCAAACACACCCCACUCCUGUACCUCUAAUCCAAAGUUAAGCAAGCACUAGCCUAUUUUUUCCCUUUCCUUUCUCUGCUUUUUCUUAUUCUUCAAGUACAACUUUCUUCCUUCCCUCUCUCCUCUCUUGGAAAUCCAGGUUGUUGGGGGAUGGUGGUGUUGAGUACUCUCCAAAUCUAGCUUCACUUGCGCUAUACGUAGUCUUUAAUCUUUAUGGGGUUCUUACACCACACAAUGCUUUGCAAUUUCUUCUUCCUCCUUUUUUGUUAGGAGUUGGGUGAUAAUUGGGCUUGAAUAUUCUGAUUUACCCACUCAAGUUUGUUGGGGUCGAGUGUUUUUAUCUUUUCUUCUCUCCUUUUCCUUUAUGGGGGUGUCAGGAAAUUGAUUAUCUCAACCCCAUUGUGUGCUUCCUGUAAAAAACUGUCAUUUCGAUCCUUGAAAAGGAGAAGUAGCUAGAGUGAUUGGGGAAGAGACACUAUGCCUUUUGGGUUGGUCACAGCAUGGAAUAAGCGCAGGAGAAGCAAGUCUCAGGAUCACUCUGACCCUUGGAUGUAUAAACCUGUGGAGUACUGGCAGCUGGAUGAUCAAAAUCCAUCUACAAAAAGACGGCAUGCAUCAUCAGUUUUCACGCUCAAGGAAAUGGAAGAGGCAACAUGCUCUUUCAGUGAUGAGAAAUUGGUGGGUAAAGGAGGAUUUGGCCGAGUUUACAGAGGUACUCUGCGGUCAGGAGAGGUUGUAGCAAUCAAGAAAAUGGAACUGCCUCCAUUUAAAGAGGCUGAAGGAGAACGCGAGUUCAGGGUAGAAGUUGAUAUCUUGAGCAGACUCGACCACCCAAAUCUGGUUUCCUUGAUAGGCUAUUGUGCUGAUGGAAAGCAGCGGUUUCUAGUUUAUGAAUACAUGCACAAUGGGAACCUACAAGAUCAUUUAAAUGGAAUCCAGGACACCAAGAUGGAUUGGCCUUUGAGGCUCAAAGUGGCCCUGGGAGCAGCAAGGGGACUUGCUUAUCUCCAUUCAAGUUCCAAUGUUGGGAUUCCCAUUGUUCAUAGAGAUUUCAAGUCCACCAACAUUCUUUUAAAUUCCAACUUUGACGCUAAGAUAUCUGAUUUUGGGCUUGCCAAGUUGAUGCCGGAGGGCCAGGAUAGCUAUGUGACUGCCAGAGUACUUGGCACUUUUGGCUAUUUUGAUCCUGAAUACACAUCGACAGGGAAACUCACUUUACAAAGUGAUGUUUAUGCAUUUGGAGUUGUACUACUUGAGCUUUUGACUGGACGACGAGCAGUGGACUUGAACCAGGGACCCAAUGAUCAAAACCUUGUACUACAGGUUAGGCAUAUAUUGAAUGAUAGGAAGAAGUUGCGUAAGGUGAUAGAUCCAGAAAUGGGUCGAAGUUCAUACACAGUGGAGUCCAUAGCAAUGUUUGCAAACCUGGCUUCUAGAUGUGUCCGUACAGAGAGUAGUGAGAGACCCUCAAUGGCAGAAUGUGUAAAGGAACUCCAACUGAUUUUCUAUACAAAUACAAAAGGCUUGGGCAUGCUCUAAAAAAAAAAAAAAAAAAAUAGAUGCCAUUAACACAAGGAAGAAACUGUUCCAUACCAAUAAAACAGAUGCUUUAUUUACUUUUUGGAACUUGGAAGCUUGUGGGGUGUCAAUGAGCUUAACAGUGCAACAGUUAUACAUUAUAGUAAGUGAUGCAUACAGAGAGAAACCUCUAAACUGAUUUAUGAGAAACCAUAAUCGAAAUUCAUGCAAGAUCAGUAAGGAGGCAAUUUCCUAAAUGGAACUAAGUGAACUUGACCAUGCAUUGAGAUGACUAAUGAGAGAUGGAUGGAAAAGAAGAAGUUCCUUAUGUUUGGGUUUCCUUCUAGUAUCAAAUUUUCUUGUGGAAUAUUUUUUCUUUGUUGCCUCUGUUUCUAUUUGAUAUAUUAUUUUUCUAAAGAUAUUUAUUGUUCAAAUA